ACCCUAAAUUAAAUUCUAGUUUUAGUUAGGAAUCUGUAUCUCCGACCAUCUAUGGCCAUUUUUAGAGCCAUGAUUGCUAGGAAGUUUUCGUCUGCUACUGUUCGAUCAUUGCGUGUUUGUGUAGUCGGCAGCGGCCCUGCUGGUUUUUACACCGCCGAGAAGAUGCUGAAAGCACAUGAAGGAGCAGAAGUUGACAUCAUUGAUAGACUGCCAACACCAUUUGGAUUGGUUCGGUCUGGGGUAGCACCUGAUCACCCUGAAACAAAGAUUGUCACCAACCAAUUUUCUCGGGUUGCACGUAAUGAACGGUGCUCAUUCUUUGGGAAUGUGACUCUUGGAUCCUCCAUUUCUUUGUAUGAGCUCCGCCAAAUUUAUAAUGUGGUUGUGCUUGCUUAUGGUGCUGAAAGUGAUAGAGUUCUUGGUAUACCAGGAGAGGAGUUAAAUGGUGUGCACUCUGCCAGAGAAUUUGUUUGGUGGUAUAAUGGGCACCCAGACUUCAGCAAGCUGACACCGGACUUGAAGAGCACAGACACAGCCAUAGUUCUGGGACAGGGUAAUGUGGCUCUUGAUGUUGCUCGGAUUCUCUUAAAACCGCCGACGGAGUUGGCUGUAACUGAUAUUGCCAGCCAUGCUUUGGCUGCUCUUAAGACGAGCUCCAUAAGGAAGGUUUAUCUUGUUGGCAGACGUGGACCUGUACAAGCGGCUUGUACUGCAAAAGAGCUACGAGAAAUUCUUGCUAUCAAAGAUUUAUAUGUUAACAUCAAGGAAACCGAUCUCCUAACAACCUCUGAAGAAGAGGAAGAAAUGAAGAACAAUCGUAUACGGAGGAGGGUCUUUGAGUUGUUAUCCAAGGCAUCCUCAUCAGCGGCACCCCAUCCAAGUUCGGGUCAACGAGAACUGCACUUCACUUUCUUCCGGAAACCUGAUAAAUUUUUAGAAUCAGAUGACAGAAGUGGCCAUGUUGCUGGUUUGCAAUUCGAGAAGACAACACUUCAAGGAAGGGAUGGCUCUGGAAAUCAGAUUGCAGCAGGUACAGGACAGCAUGAGGAUCUAAAAUGCGGAUUGGUACUGAAGAGCAUAGGUUACACAUCUAUACCAGUUGAAGAUUUACCUUUUAAUUUUCCCAAAGGUACGGUUCCAAAUACUGAAGGGCGUGUUCUAUCUUCUGAUUUUGCUAAACCUGAUUAUGGCUUGUACGUAUGUGGGUGGUUAAAGAGAGGGCCAACUGGAAUAAUUGCAACUAACCUUUAUGAUGCAGAAGAAACGGUGGCAAGCAUAUCUGAAGACUUAGAGAAAGGAAAACUAACAUCUGCAUCGAUAAAGCCAGGCAGGGAGGGGCUUCUUCAGUUACUGGAAAGAAGGAAAGUUCAAGUUGUUACAUUCAGUGAUUGGGAAAAAAUAGAUUCUGAAGAGAAGAGGCUUGGGAGUUUGAAAGGGAAACCCAGAGAAAAGUUGACCACUUGGAAAGAUCUACUAGAAGUAACCACUAAAUGAAGCAAAAACAAAUGUGGGAUAUGUUCCAAAAAGUUCUCUCCUUCCAGAUUGUUGCUUGAGGGGGCUUGAUUCUUUGACUUCACAAGGAUCAACAUGUUAUUCAUGGGUAUAAGGUUUAUAGGGUCAGGUUUAGGGGAAAACUGCAAAAAAAUGAAAAACUGAGGAACACCCUCGUAAUCGUUCAUCUAGGCUGUAUUCGCAUGUGCAUGCAAGUAAAUUUGUAAGCAAUUUUUCCGGUAUGCACAUGUGCAUAAAAACCAAAAAACAACUUCAAUUACUUAUAUGCACAUGUGCAUACCAUCCAGAUGAAUGGCUACCCGAGUGCUUCUCAGUUUUUCAAUUUUCUGGGGGUUUUCCCCUGAACCUCUCGCUAAGGUUAUAUUCUUCAACUUUUGAAGCUGAGGCCAUAUGGCGAUUGUUAUACAACACAUAAUUGUUAACAUUGUAUCAUGCAUAUAACAUAAAUUUCUAACAAUUUUUUGCAUCGAUAUGUGCUGGAAUGGAGUUUUGCCAAAUUCAUUAUUUUAGUUUAUGGCAAUAACUCUCUAGGAAAGCCAAGAUCCAUUCAAAAAAAUUUGAAGCUUUACUUUGAUUAGUGAACCAUGUAAAAGUUGCUGUCAGAUGUUGCUAGGUUUAUCAU